GCGGGGCUCCCGGCUGUCACCGCGAUGAGGAGACGCCGCCGUCGCCGCCGACGCUGGGCCGCUCCGGGGUGCCCCCCUCAGGGGGUGUGAGGAGAGGCCGGGACCGACCGCAGCUGCCAAACACUAGACGGUGAAAUAAUGGUUUGCUAGCUGUCGGGGUGAGCGCCCAUCUUCCACAAUGCCUGUGCAGGCAGCACAGUGGACAGAAUUUCUGUCCUGUCCAAUCUGCUACAAUGAAUUUGAUGAGAACGUGCACAAGCCCAUCAGCUUAGGCUGCUCCCACACCGUUUGCAAGACCUGCCUGAACAAGCUGCACCGCAAGGCCUGCCCUUUCGACCAGACAGCCAUCAACACUGACAUCGACGUGCUUCCUGUAAACUUUGCACUUCUCCAGUUAGUUGGAGCCCAGGUACCUGAUCACCACACUGUCAAGUUAAGUAACCUAGGAGAGAACAAGCAUUACGAGGUAGCAAAGAAAUGUGUGGAAGACCUGGCACUUUAUUUAAAGCCGCUGAGCGGAGGCAAAGGUGUUGCCAGUUUGAACCAGAGUGCGCUGAGCCGUCCAAUGCAAAGGAAGCUGGUGACGCUGGUGAACUGUCAGCUGGUAGAAGAGGAGGGGCGGGUGAGAGCCAUGCGGGCAGCCCGCUCCCUUGGUGAGAGAACUGUGACGGAGCUGAUCUUGCAGCAUCAGAACCCUCAGCAGCUGUCUGCCAAUCUCUGGGCUGCUGUCAGGGCACGAGGGUGCCAGUUUCUAGGGCCAGCUAUGCAGGAGGAAGCCCUGAAACUGGUGCUGCUGGCCUUAGAAGAUGGCUCUGCCCUCUCCCGGAAAGUGCUGGUGCUUUUUGUUGUCCAAAGGCUGGAGCCACGAUUUCCUCAGGCGUCGAAAACUAGCAUCGGCCAUGUUGUUCAGCUGCUGUAUCGAGCUUCAUGCUUCAAGGUCACCAAAAGAGAUGAAGAUUCUUCACUGAUGCAGCUAAAAGAGGAAUUUCGCAGUUACGAAGCGUUGCGCCGGGAACAUGACGCUCAGAUUGUCCACAUCGCCAUGGAAGCAGGACUUCGGAUAUCACCAGAGCAGUGGUCGUCCCUCCUCUAUGGUGACUUGGCUCACAAAUCCCACAUGCAGUCCAUCAUUGACAAGCUUCAGUCCCCAGAAUCCUUUGCAAAAAGUGUGCAAGAGCUGACAAUCGUUCUUCAACGCACUGGUGACCCUGCAAAUUUAAACAGACUUCGACCCCAUUUGGAGCUAUUGGCCAACAUAGAUCCUAAUCCAGAUGCAGCAUCUCCAACAUGGGAACAGCUGGAGAAUGCCAUGGUGGCUGUGAAGACGGUAGUCCACGGCCUGGUGGACUUCAUUCAGAACUACAGUCGGAAAGGCCAUGAAACACCACAGCCACAACCAAAUAGCAAAUACAAAACCAGCAUGUGCCGGGAUCUGCGACAACAAGGCGGGUGUCCGCGUGGAACAAACUGCACAUUUGCUCACUCUCAGGAAGAGCUGGAAAAGUAUCGACUGAGAAACAAGAAGAUGAGUGCCACGGUAAGGACCUUCCCGCUGCUAAGCAAAGCCAAUGUAACCAGUACGGUUGCCACCACAGCAGGCAGUGUCAUUUCCAUCAUAGGAAGUGCAGAAUCAGCAGGGAAGGUAGCCCCUAGCACCAACGGAAUCACAAGCCUGGAGAGUGGCCUGCCACAGCUCAUUCCGCGGUGCACUGACACCUCUGCCAUGCGGGCUCUGGAGAAUGUGAAAAAAGCAGGGAAGGCUGGAACCAGCACUCAAAAUGUCUCUGGAUCUCCAACAGAUCACCUCCUUGAAAGUAAAAUUGGUUCUCCUCCAAAGACUCCUGUCAGUCAGGCAGCAGCUGCCUCAGCGGGCCCACCUCCUCCUCCUCCUCCACUUCCUGUUGGCACAGAGAUGGGCUCUGUGCCGCCCAAGUCCAGCCCAUUUGCACCAAGAGUGCCUAUCUACCCUCCACGCUCUGACAACCUACAGUAUUUUCAAGAUCCUCGGGCCCAUCUGUCCUAUGAAACCCCACAGUACCCACAAGCAGGAUACUACCCACCACCACCAACGGUCCAGGCCGGCGUAGGUCCCUGCCUCCCUCGCUUUGUGCGGUCCAGCAACGUUCAAGAGCCCCCACUUCCACCUGCUUCCAUGCCCUACAGCGACCAUUACAGCACUUUCCCCCCGCGAGACAGGUUGAGCUCUCCUUACCAGCCUCCACCACCACAGCCAUAUGGGCCAGUCCCUCCUGUUCCGUCUGGAAUGUAUGCCCCCGUCUAUGACAGCCGGAGGAUUUGGCGGCCACAGAUGUACCCCCGAGACGACAUCAUUCGGAGUAACUCCUUACCUCCCAUGGAUGUUGUGCACCCCUCAGUCUAUCAGACCUUUUUGCGAGAAAGAUACAACUCUUUGGACAGUUACUAUUCCAUGGCCUGCCAGCUGUCAGCUGAGCAAAGGACUGUGCCUUUGUCAAGGGAACCUUGUGGCCACUUGAAGCCUGCUUAUGAUGACCCACUAAGGAGGAAGCCAGAGCAGUGGGCCCAGUGCCAUGCACAGAAGACUCCCCUGGUGUCCUCUGCCCUUCCCACGGCUACUCAGUCUCCAACACCGCCUUCCCCUCUAUUCAGCGUAGACUUUAGCACAGAAUUCUGUGAAAGUUCAAAUGACUUAAGCAACACCAAGUACGAAGACAACCACCUCUCCCACUACUCGCCGUGGUCCUGUGGCACAAUCAGCUCUUGCAUAAGUGCCAUCGAAUCGGAGCCCAAAGAUGUCAUUGCCAACUCCAAUGCGGUACUCAUGGAUCUGGACAGCAGUGACAUGAAGAGACGAGUGCAUCUCUUUGAAACCCAACGAAGGCCCAAGGAAGAAGACCCCAUAAUUCCGUUUAGUGAUGGGCCUAUCAUCUCCAAAUGGGGCGCAAUCUCUCGGUCAUCCCGCACGGGUUACCACACAACAGACCCCAUUCAGGCCACUGCUUCCCAAGGAAGUACUACUAAGCCAAUCAGCAUGUCAGAUUAUAUCCCUUAUGUCAGCACUGUUGACUCAAGAUGGAGCUCCUAUAGUUCAGAUUCUACUUCAUCUGCACCCUUUACAGAACGGGACCGGUUCAUAGUUACUGAUAUAUCUGCUCCAAGAAGGCAUUCCAGCACUGGAGAUCUUCUGAGCAUCGAACUACAGCAGGCCAAAAGCAACUCACUGCUACUUCAGAGAGAGGCAAAUGCUCUGGCCAUGCAGCAGAAAUGGAGCUCUUUAGAUGAAGGCAGCCACCUCACCUUGAACCUUUUAAGCAAAGAGAUUGAUCUGAGGAAUGGAGAGACUGACUACACAGAAGACAAUGCAGGCAGAAAGCCAGAUCGAGAUAUCGAGUUAGAACUUUCAGCCCUGGAUGCUGAUGAACCAGAUGGGCAAGUGGAACAAAUGGAAGAGAUUUUGAGCCUACAGCUUGGAAUCAGCGAUCAAGAUGAUCAUCUGUUCAAUGGGUCAGCUCUGGAGAAUGGCCACUCAUUGGAGCAGUCCCAGAAGGAGCCCAGGCAGCAGAAGAGGCCCAGCUUAGGUGAAGACCUUACUAUUCUGGAGAAGCAAAAAACAAUCCUGCCAGUGACUUCCUGCUUCAGUCAGCCAAUGUCCUCCUGCACAGGCUCCCUGCCCAUUACAACGUCUACUGGUGUGGGCAGCCUCGUUCUCAAAACGGCUCAUGUCAUGGUGGAAGGGAAAAAUGACUUUUUAAGGCCAGUUGCAAAUGGCAAGUUGGUGAACAGCUGAGAGAUGUUCUGCUUUCGAGCUUCUGACCGUGCUUUGGAAGCAUCUACUCUUGCUUUUAUAUAUAUAUAUAUAAUAUUAUAUUAUAUAAUGUAUAUUUUUUUUAAGAAAAUACUAUUGGGGUCAUCUGUUUCCUGUGGACUCUUUGAUACACCAAGGCCCUCUCAAAAUAGUGUUCUGGAAGAGGAAAAAGAAAUCACCAAUUCUGCUAGGAUCAGGUGUUCUCUUCCUAUGAGUGGUAGAAUUUGGACUUUGUUUGACUUGAGCUUAAAGCAGCUUUUUAAUGAGUUCGUAGAAGUCCAGGGCACCGACUGAGCCAUUCUUAUUUUAAAAUGGCUUCCUGAGGGAAAUUGAGUCACGUAUUUAAGCCAGCAGGAUCCUCAGGCAAUGCAUCUUGAGGAAGUUUGAACUAACUUAUUUUGCCUCAUUCGUGUUUCACAGGAGAGGAAUUUUGCAGCUGCUUGUUUCUCCAGCUGUGGAACCUUUGCAUGGAACAGUGUGUGAGAAAGGGAGAGGGUGGGGUUCUUCUUACCAUAAGACUUUUAAUUCAGGGUUGACACAGUUCUUUGUUUUUUGUGUUUCCCCCCACUUUGCACUCCUACAUUAUAUGCAGCGGUGCCUCACUUUGUAUCGUCAUUUUCCUCCCAAACCCCUCCCCCCUCCCUUUCUGCUUGGGGACUUGAUAUUUCCAUAUAUCAAUCACCUUGCCUGUGUACAAAUUAUAGAAUGCAAAACCAAGUGCCUGAGUCUUUCCGCUUACGUGCUUGGUCUUUGACUGCUCCAAGUUGUAAGCUGAAUUGCUACGUUCCGUUUUGAUAACACAGUGUGCUCGUUCUGUGGGUGCUGGGCUGAGGCGGAGGUCCCUUAGCACAGUCUCCAGGUGACUUGGCAUCCAGAGCUUCAUGGAUUCCCUGCGAAAACCCUGUAUAUGUUUGUGUUUGCACUGACUUGACAACACAGUAUUGCUGUUGCUAUACUUGAUUAGCAGUUAUUUAGAGGCGCCUGAUGUUGUAUUACUGAGAAUCUUUGGUUGUUGGGUUCCUUACUGAUUAUUCAGACAAGGCCCUGAACUUAUUAAUAAUAUAGCUUUAGCUGAGCUCAUACGGAAAAAAUGAAUACAUGUGUCCUCUGAAGUUGUGACUGGGAAAGGAGAAAAAAAAACACCAUUUGAUAGAAACUAUCGACUAAAAUAAUAUAUCAUCAUCCUCAAUGUUAGCAUUUGAGCCAUUUUUUUUCUCGUUUAACAAAUGCAGCCGCUCUGGAGUUAAGAGGGGCAAGAGGACUCCGGCAAAAAUAAUAACCUCUCCUAGUUUGCCCUCUGCAAUUUCUUUCACAAAUUAUCUUUUACGAGUUUUACAGUUCUCUCUCUUUUUUUUCUAAAUGUUUGUUAAUUAACUUCUGUGAAGUUGUUUACUCUGAAAAAUGUACUGGAAUAUUUUAGCCAAGCAGAACUUCUGCCAGGUGUACUGUACACGAGGGCUAUUCCUGCUAGCAAAUGGCUUUAAAGGAAAAAAAAUAGACUAUCAUGUUACUAGCGAAACGGAGUUGUUGAUAUUCUGAUUGCAGCUCUGGAUGUGGGAUGGAGCUUUUUGAUAACCAUCAUGUACUUCUU